GAUGAAGAAGAGCCGCAGCGUGCUGUCUGUGACUGGAGAAGAGGGUAAUGACACGGAUAUAACAGGUUCUGGGGAGAAGGCGGAGUCAUCUCGAUACAGCCGAUCUUAUACGUCUGGGGCCACAUUGGGGGCUGAGCUACGCAGAGGGAGGAGUAGAAGACUCUCGUCUAGUCUCCAGGUACCCUGCUGGCUCCGCCCUCGAGAUCGCACUCGUUCACCUGAGGUCCUGAGCAAUGUGACACGUCCAACAACUCUUCCCCUCCGCAUCCCGCCACGCAUCUCCAUCACACAAGCAGACGCUGACGGUUAUGAAGCAGAAAAUGGCGUGUCACCGGGUCACACCCCUCUGGGUUCGCAGAGUCCAGGCCUCACCCUGCACACCCCCUUUCCCCACGGCCAGAGAAGAGAGUCCUUCCUCUACCGUUCAGACUCGGACUACGACAUGUCGCCCAAGACUGUCUCACGUAACUCCUCCCUCGCCAGUGAAGGGCACACAGGAGAGGAUUUCAUUGUCACACCUUUUGCUCAAGUAUUGGCCAGUCUGCGAUCAGUACGGAGCAACUUCACCAUUCUUGCCAACCUCUCCACACCACCAGUCAAGUCUCCGCUGGGCGGAGUGUGUGUCAGUCCCAGGGCGUUACUAUCAGACCAGCAGUACCAGCAGCUCGCCCUGGACACACUGGAGGAGCUGGACUGGUGCUUGGACCAGCUGGAGACCAUCCAGACACACCGCUCCGUCAGCGAAAUGGCCUCCAACAAGUUCAAGAGGAUGCUGAACAGAGAGCUGUCCCACCUGUCAGAGAUGAGUCGCUCUGGUAACCAGGUGUCUGAAUACAUCUCCAGCACCUUCAUGGACAAGCAGAACGAGGUGGAACCCCCGUCUCCUACUCUGAAAGACAAACCUAUGAGUCACAUCAGUGGAGUGAGGAAGCUGUCUCACAGCUCCAGCCUCUCCAGUUCUUCAAUGCCUCGCUUCGGUGUCAACACAGACCACGAGGAUGAGCUUGCCAAGGAGUUGGAGGAUAUGGACAAGUGGGGUUUUAACAUAUUCAGAGUAGCAGAGUUCUCCAACAACAGACCUCUCAGCUGCAUCAUGUACACCAUCUUCCAGGAGCGAGAGCUGUUGAAGACGUUUCGUAUCCCAGUCGACACCUUUGUCACUUAUGUGAUGACCCUAGAGGACCAUUACCAUGGAAACGUAGCGUACCACAACAGCCUCCAUGCUGCAGAUGUCACCCAGUCCACACAUGUCCUCCUGUCCACACCUGCUCUUGAUGCCGUCUUCACUGACCUGGAGAUCCUCGCCGCUCUGUUCGCUGCAGCUAUCCAUGAUGUAGAUCACCCCGGAGUUUCCAAUCAGUUCCUCAUCAACACCAACUCGGAGCUGGCCCUAAUGUAUAACGAUGAGUCCGUUUUGGAGAACCACCACCUUGCUGUGGGCUUCAAGCUUCUGCACCAGGAAAACUGUGACAUCUUCCAAAACCUCACCAAGCGACAGCGCCAGAGCCUCCGCAAGCUGGUUAUUGAUAUGGUGUUGGCCACAGACAUGUCCAAACACAUGACGCUACUGGCUGAUCUGAAGACCAUGGUGGAGACCAAGAAGGUGACCAGCUCUGGUGUGCUGCUCCUGGACCACUACACAGAACGGACCCAGGUGCUGAGGAACAUGGUGCACUGUGCAGACCUGAGCAACCCCACCAAGGCGUUGCCGUUAUACAGACAGUGGACGGAGAGGAUCAUGGAGGAAUUCUUCCGACAGGGUGACAAGGAGCGAGAGAGAGGGAUGGAGAUCAGUGCCAUGUGUGACAAACACACCGCCAUCGUGGAGAAGAGUCAGGUGGGUUUCAUCGACUACAUCGUCCACCCGCUGUGGGAGACGUGGGCUGACCUGGUGCACCCGGACGCCCAGGAGCUGCUGGACACGCUGGAGGAGAACAGGGAGUGGUAUGUGAGCACCAUGCCCCAGUCUCCCUCGCCUCCCCCGGACAGACACCUACAGCACCACCACUUCCAGUUCGAACUCUCCCUGGAGGACCUGGAGCACAACAACCACAACCACGUACAUCUGAGGAGCAACGGAGGGACAGACAUCUGCAAUGACAUCGGAGACUCAGCCCGAACGCACGGCGGCGUAGAAACGGAGAAAGAAGACGAGCAGAAUCACAACAGCAAGCACAACGGAGUCCAGGGUGAAGAUGAGGAGGAGAAUGGAGAAAGACAGGGAGAAGAAGAGGAGAAGGCGAAGGAGAACGGAGAGGACGAGGGGGAGGAGACUGGAGAAGAAGAGGAGGAGGAGAAUGGAGAGGAAGAGGGGGAGCAUGGAGAGGACCAAGUAGAAGAAGACGGAGGGCAGACCGAUGAAGGGAAUGAUGCGGUGGUGGAGGAGGAGACUAAAGAAGAGGAGGAAGAGAAUGAGCAACAUCAGGAAGGAGAAGAGGAGGAGGAAGAAGGGGAAGGUGAGAAUGGUGCAGAAAAUGAAGACAUAGAAGGGGAGUUAGAGGAAGAAAAUGAAGAGAGGGAAAAAGAAAGUGAGGGGGAAGAGGAAAUGGAAAAUGAGGAGGGUGAAGUGGAGGAAAAAGAGGAGGGAGAGAUGGAGGAGAAAGAAGAAGAACAGGAGGCAGCAGAGCUGGAGGGAAAUGUAGAAGAAGAGGAGGGCGAGACAGAGGAGAAAGAAGAGGAGGCGGCAGAAACGGAGGACAAAGUUAAGGCCGGAGAAACAGCAGAUGUCGAAGAGGAAGAGGAGAAAGGAGAGCUGGAAGAAGCAGAAGAGGAGGAGACGCCAGUUGAGGAUGGAGCUGGAAAAGAGGAAGAAGAUGAAGACGAAAGCUAG